AUGACGCAUGCUAUUCAAUUCCAACUACUUCAUGAUCAACCCAGACCAAAAGAAGAAAGAUUGCCCCUGGCCCUUUCCAUUACCAUCAUACACAACUCAAUCUUAUUAAAGCGCAACAUUCGCACUAGACGAUCCUCCUUCCUCCACGGCCCCCUUCGCCUUCCUCCCGAGCUCCUUCGCCCUUUCCCGCCUUUCAUCCGCCUCUCGGCCCACAUCCAUCACCCUCUCAACUGCACUCCUAAUGUCCUCUCUCCCCACCUCGUUUUCCGGACUCGUCUCCUCUCCCAAAUGCGCGACGCUCUUGACCCCCACCCCCACGCCCGUCCUCAAAACCUGCACGACCAGUUUCUCGUUCAGAAACUGCUCGGCAAAAAUCGGCCACGUGAUCAUGGGCACGCCCGCCGACACGCCCUCCAGCGUCGAAUUCCACCCGCAGUGCGUCAGAAACCCCCCGACUGCAGAGUGGGACAGGAUAAGCACCUGUGGGGCCCACCCUCGGAUAAACUCCGAGAUCCAUUUCUCGAUCUCCUCCGACUUGUCCCCACCUUUAACCACGAGAAUAAACGGCCGGCCCAAAAGCUCCAGACCCAGGGCCAGCUCGACGAACUGCGCCGGCGAAAGCCGGCUCAAGCUCCCGAGACAGGCGUACACGACCGAACCGGGCUUCUGCCCGUCCAUCCACCCAAUGCAUUCCCCCGCGUCGAUCGAGGCCCGAUUCCCUCUCUGGGCCCGGUCGAGCGGGCCGUCGUCUCCAAACAGGGACAACGGGCCGACGCACCAAACCCGGCCCGACUUCAACUUCCGAUACUCGUCCAAGUAGGGUCCCUCGAGCUCGGCGAACGUGUUGGCGACCACCCCGUGGGCCCGGUGCUCGGUCUCCUUCACCCUUUGGCGGAUAGAGCCGACGUCCACGGAGCCGGGGUUGAAGUACCCGGGCAGCUGCAGCCUCGUGAGCUCGAUUUUGUCGGGAAGGUUCGGGACGGCGAAAGGCUCCGACGGGCCCACGGUUGUGUGGAUUUCCGAAGCGUAAAGUCGGUGCAUCACGAGCUGGGCGAAGCAGCUCAUGCCGUCGAAGACGAUCCUCGGGAUUCGGAGGCGAUCACACGUGUCGGCGCUGGGGAGGGGGCGGAGGCCGGCCAGAGUGUCGUCGACGGGGGCUCGGAAUUUUUCGACGGCGUCGAAGAAGUUGGGGACGAGGGAGUAGGAAGGGAGGGAGUCGGCGCUCUCGCAGCCGGGCGGGAGGCCGGCCUCCUCGGCGGGGAAGGGGACGGGGAGGAGGCGGAUAGGGAGGCCGGAGGAGAUGGCCCGGGAGACGACGGAGUCGAAACGGGCGGCGUUGAGAGGGGUGACGAUGAUGGAGACGGUGAUGCCGUGGCGGGCGAGGAGCUUGGCCAUGUCGAUCAUGGGGAUUAUGAAACCCAAAAGGCAAAUUUCGAGUUUGACUCUUGUUAUUCAAAAGUGUUCCACACACAUACGUAA